GUGACUCCGGUAAGUCAUUUGCAAGUACAACAGUCUUCUGUGCGCCCCCAUUCAUUUCCUGCAGGCAGCAGCUGAGAGAGAAGAGACUGUAUAAGGGAAGGAAAUAUUUCUCCUCUGCAGCCUUUUACCAGGUGCUGCUUGGUCUGCUGAGCAUUUGACAGUGAGAACUAUCACAGAUUCAGCCAGAUUCUGAUGGUCGGACGCCUUUGAAAACAUAAUGUUAAUGCUCGACGGGAUGCCGGCAGGAAGAGUCAAGCCUGAGAUCCUAGACUCCAAGAGGGGGUCUCCGCAAGCCCCUAACUUUUCAGAUAUGGAAGCUGUACCUAUUUUGCUUAACAAUGUGAAAGCUGGGCCUCCAGAGGUCUUGCUAUCCACUGAUCAAUAUCAAACACAAACUGAGCCAGUGGACUUGUCCAUUAACAAAGCCCGGACAUCACCAACAGCUGUAUCAUCGUCACGUUCCUCUCCCAGCUCAGUGACAAUAACCUCAAUCCCUACAAUAUCCUCUUGUGCUCCUCGAUUGACUUCAUCCCCAACUGUGAUAACCUCAGUGACUUCAUCGACAGGCAUGUCUACAGUAUUAGCGCCGGGCUCCGUUGUGACAUCUUCGCCAGGUGUCGGGGGCCAACAGUACUUGCACAUAAUCCACCCGAUGCCACCUUCAAAUGCAAUGAACUUUCCGUCCAACAAACUGCACCGCAUUCCAGUGGUUGUACAAUCUGUUCCUGUGGUAUACACAGCCAUGAGGUCGCAGAGGAAUUCGACCAUCGUACUCCCAAUGCUGGAGGACGGGCGGACUCAAAUGAAAGUGGAUGCUCAGCAGUGCAUCAUGAAAAAGCCCUUCAGUCUACAGCCACACAGUAUUGUUCCACACAACCAUACCUGGCACCAUACUGUCAUUGAGAGAGAGAUAGCACAACUGAGGAGCCUAUCACCUGGACGCAUCAAAAGUGACAGCGAGGAUGAUGACCUUCCAAAUGUGACGUUGGACAGUGUUAAUGAAACUGGAUCCACAGCACUUUCCAUUGCAAGAGCUGUACAAGAUUCAGAUUCCCCUUUCAGUAUCGAGGGUACAAGACGUCAGCGAAGAUCGGAGUCCCCAGACUCAAAGAAACGUCGCAUUCACAGGUGUGACUUUGAGGGCUGCAAUAAAGUGUACACAAAAAGCUCUCAUUUGAAAGCACAUAGGAGGACACAUACAGGUGAAAAACCAUACAAAUGCACAUGGGAAGGCUGCACAUGGAAAUUUGCCCGUUCUGACGAGCUGACGAGGCAUUAUCGCAAGCAUACAGGGGUAAAACCCUUCAAGUGCGCAGACUGUGACCGCAGUUUCUCCCGCUCAGAUCACCUGGCACUGCAUCGUAGAAGACACAUGCUUGUUUAAAAAGAUGUUUUGAAGAACAGUGGGGAAUUCAGAGCAGGAUCUCUUCCAGACCCCAGGAUUCAGCUGGGCUGAAUUAUCAAAAUGCAUUGAUCGAGGACACCUCUAAUUGUCCAACAGAGAAAAAAAAAGUGGAGAGCACGCUAAUCUUUCUUGUUGCUGAUAGUCGAAACUCACCAUCAGUGGUUUGGUCAUUUGGGUUAUGUUAGCUUGGCCUGUUCUUAUUGUUCACAGAGUUUCAUGUGUUGGUGCAUUUUCUUUUAAAUAGUUUCUCAGAUUUUAAAUCACUUUAUCUUUACUACAAUUCUUCAACUAUUGGAUGCACCCGUAGUAACAGACUGGUAUUUAGUGCUAAAUGUAGUUCAAAUUGGAACGGAAACUAUAGCUUUUGUUUCAAUUUUUUUUAAGUUCCAAAUCUUCAGACUUAAAAAAUCUUCAAAUUGGAAGAAAAAACUGGCUAAAGACUUGGUGAUAUUUUCUUCGACCACAUAUGUAAGCCUCAAAAAUUAGUGAACGAUGGAUAAUACAGCUCUAAAAUAAUUCAAUUAGUUAUCUGCAGCAAUAUCACAGAUCAUAACGGCUUGGUUAUUAUUCUGUACAAGAAUUAAUCAAACCUCAUCCUUUAGUUGAAGAAUUAUUUGACUGUGCUGAUCUCUACCAGCUUGCGUAAAUAAUUUGCAGAUUGAUAGAGACAGUAUGGCUCCAGUAACUGGUACACCUACGCACACUAUAACUUGGUGUUAUAUUUCAUGAGCAUUCUAUCACCACGGAAUGUGCAUUUUUCACAGCAAACAUUUUGUUCCCGUUUUACGUUAAUUUUUCUUGGGGUUGUUUCGUACAAUGAUGGAGAAACAUAUUAGCUAUUCAUCACAUGCAAAUUAGCAACAUUUUGGGAGAGGCCAAAGGUUCUUUGAACUAUUAAUUCAAUAAGUAGUCCUUUAGAUUUUACUUUUAUUUUCAAUUGCCCCCAACAGACUCCCAUAAAUAUCUGAAGCCUUAUAACUUGUUAAUUGUUUCUCUAUUGGAAAAUACCAUGCACCAUUUCCAUGUCACGAAAAUGCAUAUAUUAUGUUGGCCCAAUAACAAUAACAAAGCAAAUUUAACGAUGAAGUAAAGUGUUAUAUUUACAUCUAGGAAUAAUAUUGGAUAGCAUCAUGCAACAAAAUCUAAAAUCCAGGCCUUGGCUGUGGUGAGAAUCUCUUUAUGACCAUAUUAGGAAAGUGCUUGUGUGUGAGGUUUAUCAUAUCUUUCCCAACUGUGGAAUUUGAAUCUAGCAAGGUGGCAAAUUUCCCCAUCAAAUGCUCGGCAGCACCGUCCACAAGAUCACGUGAUAUGUGACAUGAACUGUAAAGUGAAAGUAGGAAGAGGUUCAGCAGAUGUCCUGCCAAAGCGAAUAAAAUGAAAUGAACCCAUGAGUAACUAUUGUCUCAGACUACCAGUGAAGUUGUUGAUACAGUUCUACUGAAGAACAGCGAUCACUCUGACGUAUAUGGUGCAAUGCAUUACUGUGAAAAUCAGAAUUGACAGGGAAAUGUCCAACAGUCUGUUGUAAAGAAGUUAAGUUCCACUUUGCUGGAUACAGCAAAUAAUAUUCCUGAUGUUUCAUGACUACAUGAUCACUGUCUUAAUCCUAUAGUCACAUUUAAACUCUUUCACCUUACCUUUGGGGAAAUCACAAUGUUUUCUAUGUGUGUUUAUCCAUAUUUUCUUAACAGGUUCAAAAAUACUUUCUUAAAAAAUAUAUUAUAAUUACAAUAGAUGACAGUUCACUCCACUCAUCUGCUAUUAAACAGCAAUACGUCCAGGAAAAGAAAAAGGACUAAUGAACAGCUGAGCGCUGUCCAUUGUGAUAUUUGAAGCCUGCCAGUAGCAUCUUCUAACCUGAUUAAUGUGACAUUGUAUUGUAUGAAGGAGGAAAGGUAGAGACAAAGGUGUCUUUCUUCUGAUUAUGCUGAUUUCUGUUUGUCUUUUCAAUGAGACGGUGUGUUCAUACAAAUGUGAAAUUGGAAUACCAAUAGUGCAGAAUUUAUACAUAUUGCACAAACUCUCGAUAUUGUUGGAAGUAUUAUCCCCCCUCCCCUACAUGCUAGGAAGUAUUCCACAAGAAAGAAACUAGUAUCCUUCAUGGUAAACCUGACUGAAGAACUAGUACAAAAAUACAUAAUUCUAAAUAUUUUGGCUCUUUUACUCCAGUUUCUGCAGGUUACCAGUCACCCAUUUGGUGUACAUCAAUUAAAUAUUUUGUUAGUAAAAUUGUAACCCUAGAAAUCAAAUUUUCCAGUUUUGUGUACUUGAGAACGGUUUGAAUAUAAUGUUUUGGAUGGAGAGAAACGUGAUUGUGAUAAUUUCUUGGUGAUUCUGCCCAAGUUAAGAGAUGCUUCCAAAUACUUCCCAGUGGAAGUUAGGCUUGCAGGCCUGGUGUGACUUCAGUCUCACACAUGCACUGCCAUUCAACGUGUAAAAAUCCUUCUGGAACUUUGAUAGGGGUUGUGGGACCACAUUGUCCUGGAAAUAAAGUUGCUGCUAACUUCCAGUGCACUAGUGUUUCCCAGCAUAGGGCUGGGAGCCCAUUAAAGCAAGCUCCAUACUUACUUUACAUUCUUGGAAGCCCCCUCCACCCCACAAUAUUAAGUUCCUAUCCAACCUUCCUUUCACAGUGAGCCCCAACCUCCCGCCUCCCUGAACCUGAAGUUUCCGACACCUGAACUUCUCCAAGAACCAGAUCCUGGUCACUGUUCCAUCCCAGUCAUCACUUCAAACUCUCCCUAUCCCUAUCACAUGCUCCACAUGCUCAUCAGUUUCACCCCUUCAAGCACCGAAGACCACUAUCGCUCUCCACCCCAAUUCCAACAUUGGCCCACAUGUUUUAAUUCACAGAAAGGAGUAAUGCCCAUUCAGUGAAGGCCUUGAGAGCUACUGAUGAUGAGAAAUGCUUGGGCAGGUGCACUACAAUUUCUCAGUUUGUAUUUUAUUGAAUAGACAUCAGUCUUAAAUCUGAACUCAAUGAUGGAAUAGAAUCUCUGCUAUAUUUGUGAAUCUGGUGCAGCGAAAAAAACCCUCUGUCAUGUGCAUGAAAAUCCAACCUGAUGCAGCAUGCGUUUUGCACGCCAUAUCUGAAAUGUGGCUCAGUUGAAACAUUAAAACUGAAUUUCCGAAGCAAAGUUCAAUACAUUUACCUCACUUCACUGUUUAGUGUGAAUAAGAGGGGAUGGAUUUUUAUCCCAAAAGGUUAAAGUUGCACCUUAAGGUUCAAUAGAUGAAGGUCUGAUUUCUUGAAGGAUACUGUCCUUAAAAUUACCAGCUCCUUUUGAAGCCACAAAGACACACAAUGUCUUGCACUUUGAAUUAGUCUUGGUUAAUAAAAAGAUUUAUACAGGGAUGAACAUCAAAACUCUCAAAAAAAAAACAUUCUGAUAUUUUACUGAAGUUGUUGGGACAUCUAUUUUAAAUAUAAUGUAUUAUACGUGAGAGUUCAAAGUAUUUUGAGAGUCAUAGUUUUACAUAGGCUGUAAAUAGUUUGGGGUGGGAAAAUAAAUUGGGAGGUGUUUUAGUCCUGAAGUUCACCCAUUGAAUUUUGCAAAUGAAAAAUAUGAAUUAGCCAAUUUAUGGAAAUGGUGGAUUUAUCCUGCAAUAGUUUUUAAACCCCAAUGUUCUCUAAAAAAAAAUCCAAUUUUUGAAUCUUCUGAAGAAGAUAUUUUUGCUGGUCUUUGUACACUAUUUAGUUCAGGCAAUAAGUAUGUGACAUGUUUACUAACAUAUAUGUAAGUGUUGUUCUUGUAUUUAUGUACAAUGUAUGUAUUGUAAAUAUAUUCAGAGCUUUUCAUCUUACUGUAAAAUGAUGGUAUCCCCCAAACAUGUAAAGGGAGUCUCUGUUAAGAAAUUGUGUGGGAGAAUGUUCUGUUUUGCCCUUGUCUCUUCUGAAAGACUUACAUGAAGAAGUGUUUAAUUUUCCACGUUUCCCAAAACUUCCCUGUCAGUGCUUCGCGUUUCUGUAUCCAACUUUCAUAUGAGCUGAGCUGUGAAUUGAAGAAUUAUAGUAUCCAUUUUAAACAUAUGCAUUUGUAAUUACCUGAAUUAUGAAUGGAGGCAUGAAGAUUAAAUAAAGUUGCUUUUGUAUGUAACAAA